UUAUUCAUUAACUAAACUCCUUUGCCGAUGAGCAGUUCAAUUAGCAAUCGCUGGGGAAAUCUCCUGCUGACCAUUAGCCGCUGCCUGGCCGUGGCUCCCACUGCAAGGCAGGAAGGAAGAUUUGCUCGAUGGAUCCACUGUUUUUGGUGCUUGGUUUUGCUGGGCUACGUGUGGACUGGCUGCAUCUGGAAGUGCAUUGUGUUUGACGCAGAAAUGCCGACCAUCGAGAAGCUGCUGUAUCUGAUGGAGUUUCCAGGCAAUAUAACGAUCACUGGCUUCCUCGUGUACCAUGCUGUACUCAAUUGUCCGUACGCCAGGGAUGUGGAGACUCAGAUUCAUCUUCUGAUUGGCCGGCAGGAUUUUGGAGUAGCACAGAGACUCUACCAGAAGCACGGAAAGAGGACUCGUCAUCUGCUGGUACAAACCAUCGUAUUCCAUGGCGCCUGCAUCGUGGUUGACAUUGUAAAUUACGACUUCAACUGGUGGACUACCUGGAGCAGUAAUAGUGUAUACAAUUUGCCUGCUCUGAUGAUAAGCCUGGGUGUGCUUCAAUACGCCCUCGCCGUGCACUUACUCUGGCUGUUGAAGUCACAUCUCUGUCAUUGUCUGGAGCAGCUGCAAAAGCGACGAAGGCUGCCACAAGGUAUCGUAAAUCUGGAUGCCCGGUACGAUCGUUUCUUUGCUUCUCUCGUGGAUGCUGGCGGAUGCUCUUCUCUCGUGCUGGAGGAGCUGCGCGCAACGUACACUUCUAUAGAUCGCCUGCACAGGCAGCUGCUGGACAAGUUCGGUCUCUUCCUGCUCCUCAACUUUGGAAACUCUCUUUGCAGCUUCUGCGAGGAGCUCUACAUGGUCUUUAACUUCUUCGAGCGGCCGCAAUGGGCCGCGGGCAUGUUAUUGUUCUACCGAAUACUGUGGCUGGUCAUGCACGGCGGACGCAUCUGGGUGAUCCUGGCUGUCAACGAACAGCUGGUGGAGCAGGAAUGUCAAUUAUUCCUUCAGCUCAAUCAAAUGGAGGUAUGUGGCAGCCAUCUCGAGCGCACCAUUAAUCGUUUCCUGGUGCAGCUCCAGACGAGCAUCGGGCAACCCUUGCUCGCGUGCGGCGUCAUCGAUUUGGACACGCUGGCAAUGGGUGGGUUUGUCGGGGUGCUGAUGGCCAUUGUGAUAUUCCUAAUUCAAAUCGGCUUGGGGAAUAAAUCGCUAAUGGGAGUCGCCCUCAAUCAAUCAGGCUGGAUUUACAUUUGAAUAAACUGUCUCAACCAUUA